AUGCCGUGUGUGUGUGUGUGUGUGUGUGUGUGUGUGUGUGUGUGUGUGUGUGUGUGUGUGUGUGUGUGUGUGUGUGUGUGUGUAAACCCGGGUGGGUGCAGCAUUGGGCUAGCCAUUGCUCGCCGCCUUGCACUUGAGGGUGCUCAUGUUCACAUUAGUAGCCGCAAGCAGGCCUCCGUUGAUGCCGCCCUGCAGCAGUUGGCAGGCGAAGGAUUGGUCAACGUUACCGGCUCAACUUGCCACGUCGGUGCUGCUGAACAGCGGGAGGCUUUGUUUGAGGCUAUUGAAGACAAACACGGGCGCCUGGAUAUUCUUGUGAGCAACGCGGCCGUGUCUCCUUCCUUUGGGCCCAUUCUCGAGACGACAGAGGCGCAGUGGGAGAAAACCUUUGAGCUCAAUGUCAAGGUUGCUUUUUUGCUUGCGCAGCGCGCCAUGCCGUUGCUGCAGGCCUCGCAAGGCAACAUUUUGUUUGUCAGUUCCAUUGCUGGCUAUACACCCCUCGAAAACCUGGGCGCCUAUUCCGUGUCCAAGACUGCCCUUUUGGGGCUGACAAAGGCUUUGGCCGAUGAGUGCGGACCGCUGGGUGUGCGCGUCAAUGCACUCGCCCCGGGCAUCAUUGCAACAAAGUUUUCCCGUCUGUUGUACGAGGAAGAAGAGACGCGAAACAAGCUGCUGGCCCACGUGCCUCUCAAGCGACUCGGGACGCCCGAGGACAUGGCGGCCACGGCAGCGUUUCUUUGCUCAAACGAUGCGGCAUACGUGACGGGCGAGUGCGUCGUGGCCGCGGGCGGCAUGCACUCACACUUGUGA